UUAAGACAGUGCAGCGCUCUCCGCUUGUAUACUUGAGCUCAUUUCCCGGGCAGCAGUGCUACAAACCACCAGCAAUAUACAGGUCCAUUUUGAGAGAAGGAACUAUUUCCUGUGUAAGUAGGCGGAGCCAACUGAAAAAGUAGUGAUACGAGCUUCUAAUCCUGGAUUCCUAUUGGUCGAUUCUUCGAACAGACUGACUGGUGAUUCCUCUCUCUCUGAAUAGAGUAAAUUUUGAUGUAGUUCUUCUGUAGUGAGUGUAUAGACACUAGAGGGCAACCUAUACUAACUAUAUAUAUAUAUAUUCAUCAGUGAACAGUAUUCUCUUGUACUCUCUACACCCCACUAGUAUACUUAUACUUACCAUUACUGUAAUACUAGGUUGUCAACCUUAAACAUAAUAAAAGUGAGUUCAAAAUGCAGAAUUUGUGAAGAUCAGCAGUGUUGGAAUAAUUGAAAAAAAAUUGUGAAUGUUAAAUAUGAAUUCCUAUUUUGAGCAAAGUGGUUUCUAUGGGCAGGGAGGGGGGGCUGGUGCCCCGGACUACAGAUUUCCAAUUGGACUAUCAUCUCUAGGGGGCGUUUCAGCCUAUGGGCAACAUCAGCCACGCCCCCCACAGGAUACGGGAUAUGACGCCCCUGCUAGCCCUUCAAAAUCAUCUUUAUAUAGCUCUCUUAGCGACCCUUCUCCCUACAGUAAAAUUGACUGCAAAGAACAAAAUGGUUAUUCAAUAAAAACGGAUAUCGGAGCAGGAGUGGGGGGUGGAUGGGGGUCUAGUGCCCCAGUCCGACCCUCUGUCUGCACCCCUGACAUGGCUCGGUACACCCCUGACCAGGCAGCUAGGGAUAGAGCCUGGAUGAAUACAUGCUCAUCCUUAUCCGCAGCAGCACAGGUAUCUCAGCCACCCUCACAGCUACAGCAGCCCUCACCUCAUCAAACAUUUUAUCCAUGGAUGGCAAUAGCAGGAUUAUCAGAUUUUUCAGGUGGAACACAUCUUUUUGGAGGAGCUAAUGGUCUUAGACGUAGAGGGAGACAAACAUAUACAAGGUACCAAACCCUGGAGCUGGAGAAGGAGUUCCAUACUAACCAUUACCUCACGCGGAGACGAAGAAUAGAGAUGGCUCAUCAACUCUGUCUGACAGAGCGACAGAUCAAAAUUUGGUUUCAAAACAGGAGAAUGAAAUUAAAGAAGGAGAUCCAAGCGAUCAAGGAGUUGAAUGAACAGGAAAAGCAGGCUCAAGCAGCCAAAGCAGCAGCUCAAGCUGUUCAGCAGUGUGAUCAAGGCCAAGAGCCCGCCUAACCAAACCAAACCUCGCCUGUCUCCGGAAUCCGCGAAAAUUCAGGUUUCGCGGAUUUUUUCCAUUCCUAAUCCUGUGGAUAAUCCAGAGAAAAAAAGACUUACAGGGAUCCUAAUCUCAUACCUAGAAUUAGUGGAUUUAGAAAGGGACUAGCGGAGAUAUGGUUAGCGGAAACUGGAAAGGAUAAACCGCUAGGCGAGAUAUAAAAGUACUCUGAGUACUUUAUUUAGUACAAAGUGAGUCGGACUACUAGUGAAAAUUGCAAGAGAGAGAAUGUCGAAUAAACUUUUCAUUGCUAAGUGCUGAUUAAUGUUCAUCAUGAACCAGACGAAACCCCUAAUAUCUCAAGUUGUAUCCAACCCACUAUACCUAUCACACGUGAACGAAUAUACGUAAUAAAUAACGUUCCAAAUACAUAGUCAAAACAUUUUUUGCCGGCUUUAUAUAUACAUACAUUCUUAGUGCAAACACAAAUUAUCUAAUAAGUCAAAUUAAGAAAAAUAUCUCGGAGGAGUUUUUUAAUGUUUAAAUUAUGAUAAGUAACCAAUUUGAGGUAUUUUCCCACCUAUCUAAAUCGAAUCAGACUGAAAAAUUAAUUCCAAUUUUUAAAAAAUGAGUUUAGAAUUUAAGAUUGGCAACAAAAAAAGUUUUUAUCGUUGAAAUUUAUCUUCAAAUUAGGACAAAAUAUUUUCUAAAAUUGUAAAAAAUAAAAAGUCCCCCUACCAUUCCAAGUCUCCCCCCCUUCCAAUCCUGUCUCUAGUCACCCCUCAAAGUUCCAUGAUCUUUCAGAAAUAGUUUAAAGCGCAAAAACAUGAAAGGGAUACCUCACUAAUUUUGUGGCGAGGUGGAAGUUUAUUUUGUGACGCGUUUCUUUAAUUUCAAUAAUAUCUAUAAUUCCAUAUUUGUUUUGAUAAUAUUACAACCAGUGAACUGUAUCCAGAACUAGGGAGGGGGUGCAGGGACGUCAUGAGCCCCGCCAAAUGGUCUCCAAGCCUGUGGAUUCGCAGAUGUGUAUUUAAAAUGACCUGGCGCUACCUCUAUCCUUUAGAAUAAAUAUUAUAUGUAGAAGUUAUGUAUAAAAAAUAUUUUAAUAGUUAUGCUCUUCGGAUAUUGAAGAAAACACUGCAUAACUAUUUAAUGAUUGAAUAUGUUUUUUUAAAACGUUAUUUAUUACUUCUACAAUAUUAUUAUAACGUUUAAGGGUAGCGCCCGAUCAUUUUUAAUACUCAUCUGCUAAUACGGAGGCUCGGAGAAACAUUUUGUGGGGCUCAUGGCGUCCUGUAGCCCCUCCCUCCCAGAACUAGAGUUAUGUAAACCAUGUAUCCUCUGUACAUCCCGGAGUCUAGAGUUUAACCUCCGGAAACUAAUAUCAAGUUCAAAAGGUCUCCGAACUUAAGUUUGGAUUUUUUUCUCCACUUAAGUAGGGACUGUCCAACUUAAUGUCAGUUUUAGCUGAACAAACUGCAGAUUCUGUCAAAUGAUCAAUACAGGGUGGUAUUGAUACGACAACUGAUAAAUUUCCAAAUGAUAAGAUGUUUUAUAUUUGGAUGUUUUUAAAGUCUAAAAGAUUUAAUUUGUAAAUCUAUUUAUGUAUGCAAAUUAUAGCUUUAAGUUCUAAAGCAACCAAAAUAAAAUUUACUAUAGACAAAAAUGUCGUGAGUAUUCUGAACCACCCUGUAUAUUCUGCUCAUAUGUUCCUAUGUUAAAACAGUAUUUAAAAUAUAUUAAAAAUGUUUCAUAAAAUGGGAGCAGAAGAAUAUAUUUUCAGAAAACAUUAACAAAUUGAAAACAUUUUAUUUCAUUCCUAAUUGGCUAUUUAUUAGAAUUGACAAGUUUUCUAGUGCCAAAAGUAAAGUGUUAGCUUUGCAAAAUACUUUUUUUUGCAAAACUUGUAUUUUCUUGACGGCGCAAAUAAUUUAUAACUGUUUUUUUCUUGCCUUAUUAUAUUGUGUAUAGUGUUGUAAAAAUAGGUUUAGCAUU